GGGCUUCUUUUUCCUCAAAAUCUGCCGCCGCACCGACUCACAAAUAGCACAGUACGAGAGCUGCAACCGUCCAGAGUACGCCGAGCAGCCCGACGACGCGCGAAAACAUCGCGAAAGUGCCGCUGCAGCGACUACCCACCCGAGAUUGCUCAUUGCCAUGGCGAGCAACCCUUCGGCCCCUACCGGCGCCACUGAUGCAGUCUUGAAGCCAUCCGAGCCCGUGCCUGAGGGUGCGCAAGAGGUGCAGGGCAUCGACUUCAACCAGUAUGCGUCGCGCAGCAUCACCGUCGAGGAGCUGGUGGGCGGCUACGCGAACAUGGGCUUUCAGGCGACUUCUGUGGGAGAGGCUGUACGCAUCAUCAACGAUAUGCGUGCAUGGAGAGACCCUGAGACCAAGGAGCCCACGACGAUAUUCCUUGGAUACACGUCAAAUCUGAUAUCCUCGGGACUGCGCGAGACGCUGCGGUACCUGGUCCAGCACAAACACGUUUCUGCCAUCGUGACGACUGCAGGCGGCGUCGAAGAGGACUUCAUCAAAUGCCUCGCGCCGACAUACCUCGGCGCUUUCUCCACUCCCGGCGCCGGACUGCGCCGAAAGGGAAUGAACCGCAUCGGCAAUCUUGUCGUGCCUAACAGCAACUACUGUGCUUUCGAGGAUUGGGUAGUGCCGAUCCUAGACAAGAUGCUGGAGGAGCAAGAAGCGAGCAAGAAAACGGACGAGCCAUUAUACUGGACACCUAGCAAGGUCAUCCACCGUCUGGGCAAGGAAAUCAACGACGAACGCUCAGUCUACUACUGGGCGUGGAAAAAUGACAUCCCAGUCUUCUGCCCAGCGCUGACAGACGGAAGCCUGGGCGACAUGCUGUACUUCCACACAUUCAAGUCAUCACCAGAGCAGCUGCGCGUCGAUAUUGUAGAGGACAUUAGAAGGAUAAACACAAUCGCCGUGAGAGCGAAGAGGACAGGCAUGAUUAUUCUUGGCGGAGGACUGGUGAAGCAUCACAUCGCCAAUGCGAACCUGAUGCGCAACGGAGCUGACAGCGCGGUGUACAUCAACACUGCGCAGGAAUUUGACGGGAGCGAUGCAGGCGCACGGCCAGACGAAGCUGUCAGCUGGGGAAAGAUCAAGCUAGAUGGAGAUAGCGUGAAGGUGUACGCAGAGGCAACGGUGGUGUUUCCGCUCAUUGUUGCGGCCACAUUCGCACGGGUCCAAAGGUCGCAAGGGCAAUAACAACAUGCGCCAUACGCCAUGCAGCACUCCAAUAGCUCGUGCAAUAUAGACCAUGUUGUUGAUUGACCGGAAUAAGUGGGCUGGUAUGUAAGGACGACUGCUGUAUGGAGCAACGUUGUUGGUGCGGAGAGCGGACGCAGGGAAGGCGCGGACGGGCCCACCUUCCCCACUAGUCUCAAAGCUCUAGCGUGACUGCCUAGCCGGUCACUGUGGAGGUUAAUCGAUAAGGGAGCUGAGAGCUCUGUGAUGACGACGAUUGCGCCUUGCCCGCGCAGCCUUGUGCGAUGAGUCAACCUCUAAAGCGCGUCGUGGGAGAGACUGUAAAGGGCGCAGAGCCUCCAGGUUGAAGGCGCUGACGCCAAAGCUCAGUCGAUUCGGAAUAGCGCAGCGCGUGGGCCAGCCGAUUCCCAGCCCUGGAGGUAGCUUUACCGCCUCA